AUGGACAUUAAGAUGAAGGAGCUGUGCAUCCUGAAACUGCUGAAUCACAUCCUGCAACCGACCAUGUACGACGACAUCCGCGAGGUGGCGCGCGAGUGGACCAUCGAAGAUAACAUGGACAAAUACUUGAAGACAGAUGUCGUGAAGAAGUUCAUCGACACGUUCAAGAUGGGUAUGCUCCCCCGCGGCGAGGUGUUCGUCACCAACAAUGAGCUGCACAUCGAGCAGGCCGUCAAGGUCUUCAAGAUCUUGUUCUUCGCCAAGGACUUCGACGUGUUCAUCAGGACCGCCUGCUGGCUGAGAGAGCGCAUCAAUGGAGGCAUGUUUGUGUAUGCCCUCACCGCCUGCGUGUUCCACAGGACUGACUGCCGCGGCAUCACCCUUCCCGCCCCAUACGAGAUCUACCCUUACUUAUUCGUCGACAGCCAUAUCAUCAACAAGGCUAUGAUGAUGAAGAUGACCAAAGCCGCUACUGACCCCGUCCUGAUGGACUACUAUGGCAUCAGGGUGACUGACAAGAACCUGGUCGUGAUCGACUGGCGCAAGGGCGUCCGCCACACCCUCAACGAAGCUGACCGCAUCUCGUACUUCACCGAGGAUAUCGACCUGAACACUUACAUGUACUACCUGCACAUGAGCUACCCCUUCUGGAUGACGGACGACAUGUACACCGUGAACAAGGAGCGCCGCGGAGAGAUCCUCAGCUACGCCAACAUGCAGCUGCUGGCCAGGCUUCGUCUGGAGCGCCUCUGUCACGAGAUGUGCGACAUCAAGGCAAUGAUGUGGAACGAGCCGCUCAAGACCGGCUACUGGCCCAAGAUCCGCCUGCACACUGGAGACGAGAUGCCCGUGCGCAGCAACAACAUGGUUGUUUUGACCAAGGACAACGUCAAGAUCAAGCGCAUGCUGGAUGACGUGGAGAGGAUUAUCCGUGAUGGCAUCCUUACUGGCAAGAUUGAACGCCGCGACGGAAAGGUUAUCACCCUGAAGAAGCCCGAAGACAUUGAGAACCUGGCUCGCCUGGUGCUGGGCGGCAUGGGACUGGUCAACGACGACGCCAAGUUCAUGCACUUGAUGCACCUCAUGAAGAAAAUGCUCAGCUACAACACACACAACUUCAACAAAUACACGUACGUGCCGACCGCUUUGGACAUGUACACGACAUGCAUGCGCGACCCCGUCUUCUGGAGGCUGAUGAAGCGCGUCGCUGAAACAUUCGUCCUGUUCAAGAACAUGCUGCCCAAGUACACCCGCGAGGACUUCGACUUCCCCGGCAUCAAGGUCGACCGCUUGACUACUGACAAACUCGUCACCUUCAUGGAUGAGUACGACAUGGAUAUCACCAACGCUGUCCUCCUUGACGACGCUGAGAUGAAGAAGAAGCGCUCCGACAUGGUGAUGGUAGCGCGCAUGCGCCGCCUCAACCAUCACCCCUUCAAGAUCACCGUCGAUGUCACCUCUGACAAAACAGUGGACGCUGUGGUCCGCAUCUUCAUUGGUCCCAAAUAUGACUGCCUCGGACGCCUCAUGAGUGUCAACGACAAACGCCUUGAUAUGGUUGAAAUCGACACUUUCAUGUACAAACUGGAAACUGGCAAGAACACCAUCGUUCGCAACUCUUUGGAGAUGCACGGAGUUAUUGAACAGAGGCCAUGGACCCGUCGCAUUCUGAACAACAUGGUAGACACUGUCGGCAUGAUCAGCAAGACCGUUGAUGUUGAGAGCUGGUGGUUCAAGACCCGCGUUGGCUUCCCGCACAGACUGCUCCUGCCUCUUGGUCGCCGUGGUGGUAUGCCUCUGCAGAUGUUCGUGAUCAUCACCCCAGUCAAGACCAACCUGCUCCUGCCUACCGUUGACAUGAACAUCAUGAAGGAGCGCAAGACUUGUCGCUGGAGCGUGUGCUUCGACACGAUGCCGCUCGGCUUCCCCUUCGACAGGAAGAUCGACAUGACUCACUUCUACACCAACAACAUGAAGUUCACCGACGUGAUGGUGUACAGGAAGGACCUGGGCAUGUCCAACUCCGUCAAGGACAUUGACAUGUCCGACAUGGUGAUGAAGAAGGACGACCUCACCUACCUCGACAAUGACAUGUUGGUCAGGUGGUCCUACAAGGACGUCAUGAUGAUGAGCAAAGACGAUAUGAUGCGAAUGUAAUUCUAAACUUAAGCAACCCUCUGUUGAUUGUAAAGAAAUAGCACCCUAUAAAUGUA